GACAGCAUAGCUGUAAUAAAAAUAGAAUCUUGUAAAAUAUUUUGGGAAAAGAAAUUGCAGAAUUUUAUAUUUUUCUGAUAAUUGGAUCUCGGAUUACAUUUUGGAAUUAUUUAAAAAUUCUUGGCGGUGAACGGCGAGUUUUGGACUCAAAAUGGCGGCACCACCAAUUCCUGCCAAGCGGACUACGAUAUCAUAUGAAAAUGUUCAAAUAAGACCUUCAUUGGACUCUAUCAGUUGGUAUCAUGGAAAUAUCACACGACACAUUGCAGAAGCGUUGCUGAUGGCAAACGGUAUGGAAGGAAGUUAUUUACUGAGAGAUGGGAAAGAGACCGGAUCAUAUUCUUUAUCUGUCAGGAGUAAAGAUUCCGUAAAACAUUUCCAAAUCACUCAAGCGAAUUCAGCGUUUAAAUUUGGAAUUACAGAGUUUGAAUCGUUGGAAUCUCUCAUCGGACAUUUUGCCAAUCAGCCAUUACUAGGAGGCAAUUCGGGCACCCUCGUUCUCCUGAAAUAUCCUUACCCGAAACAAGUCGAGGAACCCGAUAACUAUGAAGACAUCGUUCUACAAUCCACGGUACGCAGCGGAGCCACUGAGGAGGAUUUAAAAUUUCAGACAAAAGCUACUUCGCUUGCAAGUAAAGAAGGAUUCCUUACAAAGCAGGGCUGGGUUGUUAAGAAUUGGAAGACGAGAUGGUUUGUGUUGUCAAAGUACGAUCUCAGUUAUUUCUCAGAUAGAUCGAAAGAAAAACCGAUCAAGACCCUCAAUCUCCUAGAUUGUCAGGGAUGCAUAAAAUGUGACGACGUCGGCAAAAAAAACUGUUUCAAACUUGACUUUCCGGAUCGUACUUGGUAUUUUUAUGCAAAUACUGAAGAAGAACAAGCAGAAUGGAUGGAUAUUAUUAAAUGGAAAUUGAAACAAAUCAGAAAAGACUCGAUGUGAAGGAAUCAUCGCUCAAACCAACACAGAUAUGACUGUAGUUAAGUGAUUUUAGAAUACACAAUCACCUCUAUAGACUUCAAACUGUCGUAUUAUUUAUUCUUUACAACU